GGUGACUAGAAGGUCAUUUAGGGUCACUGUCUAUGCACCUUUCCUUUUAGCUCUUGUAGUGGGUGGGAAAAAUAAUGAGCACUAUUCCUUUUAGUACUUUUAGUGGUGGGGAAAAGGACUUUGAAUAUAUGAGGAGUAUAAUGUAAGAGGGGCAGCCUGCCAUUUUUAUUGUUUUAAGAACGUCGUGUUUUAAAAAAGCUUUCAAAAUUGUCUAACUCAGCUCAGGCAAAUUUAGGCUUAUGAAUCACACACUGUAAGGUCACUUCAAAAACUUCCUUUGCCACAGAAUGCAACAAUAAUUCAACUAUCAGAUGCUUCCAAAACAGAGUACCACUUUACGGCUAAUCGGCUAGGUCGCCCCUUUUACACUGAAGUCCUCAUAAUUAUGAACUGAGGCAUAAAAAUAACAAGUCAGAAUAUAUAGAUUGAUGGAGAUUUAUUAUUUCGGCAGUUCAUUUCUACUCCUCAGCUCAAGUGUUCCUCAGCAGUAGUUUUUCUCUUGAUAAGUACCAAUUGGAUUCCUGUAUAUGAAUUGGCAAACAUACCCUAUUCCUUUUUUCCUUACCUAAUUUUCUUGUUCAUGACAGGGAGCUAGAGAGGUAAGUUGUGUUUGAGGUGUUAAGCUCCUGUGUGUCAAGUAGGAGGAAAUCAUAGCCAGGUUGAAAGGUGAUUAUUACUGGAUCAGAUACACAGGGCAGAGGAGAAGUUAUGCAGUGUAAGUAUAGCAAGACGUAAUCAUUCACUACAUGCACACAACACUCGGAAUGGUCGCCAGGCUCAUUUGAUUUCAUUAUAAUUACUUCUGUUGAUCAGUUUUCUUUUCUGAGUGUAUUGCUAAGUUAACUUGUAUCUUUUAUGGGAGCGGCGAGUAGCGGGCUUUUUUUUUUCUUUCUUUUUUUUCUACUUUUUGUUGCCCUUGAGCCGUGACCUUUGUUGUAAAAAGAAAAAAGAAAAAAAAACAGAUACAAAGAAGCCUUAUAUUAUUAUCAGUAUGUAUUGUGUUUAUCUUGGGAAGGGCCAGUUGGAUGCACUUAAUAUUUUAUGCCUGACAUGUGAUUCUUUACAGCAUUUAUAUUACUGUUGCUGAUUUACUAUUUCUUAUCAGUAUUACCCCAUAUUUUGUGUUGAAAAGUUUUUUUUAUACAUGUCCUCACUAUUAUUUAUUUUUAUUAUUAUUGUUAUUUUUACUGAGUAAUUCUUAACUGCAGGAUUUUUUUUAUUUUUUUUUUAUGUUAUCUCAUUGAUCUUUUGUUUUAUAUUUUCACCACCAGGUAUUGCUCAACUGCAGAAUGUUUUUGUGUAUAUGUUCACUACAUGUUUUUCCUUUUUUUUUUCCACUGCCAGGUAUAUAGUGUUUUCAUUCUCAAAUUAAGAGGUUGUUAGUGGAUGAAUGUCACAAAUUUAGCAGUUUUGUAAUGACCAGUUAUCAGGAAUUGCUCUAUCCAUACCAACUGACCCUUUCAGUCUCCAUAUAUUAUUGUUUAUUCUUGUGUUCGUAGGAGUAAGAUCGCCAGUUCCCCUUCUCAUACCAGUCUCACUCUUGCCUUGCAGAUUUGUUAGAUUACGAGGCUGAAGAGGGAGAGCUAGUGUAUGAUGAGGCAGACCUGUCAGAUUAUCCACCUUCAUUUGUACCUCCUCUCCUCCACUUCCUCCUCAUCCACAAAUGGCGCAGCAACUCCCACACCACCAUAUCCUCCUCCUCUUCUUCCUCCUCCUCGUCGUCGUCUCUCUGAUUGCUGCGGAAGGCGGAGAAACCAGAGAGGGUCACGGAUUCACAAUAGACUCUUCAUCCCCACCGAACCCUCCCGGCUUCAUGGACACAGGGCCGAUAUCAACUGGGCCCGAAACCUCCACCCAGACUCCCUCAAACGCUGGCUACACAUACGAGUCUUCGGCCCAAGGAGGUGGCGUUGGGAGUUCGGUCCAGAGAGAAGCAGAAACAACACCGAAGAAGAGUUCCUCGCCGAAGACGCCUCAAGAUUCGAUCCGCUCCGAUGAGAUGCAGUUCGGAGCAGCGCCACCAGAGGGCCCACCGAGGCGAGAGUCAACCACCAGCAAGGCAACGAAGAAUCCCGAGGUUGAGGUAAACAAAGGAGGAGGAGAAGGGGAGCCGCACAUUAGGAUCAAGUCGUCGUUUGAGGUUCCCCCGGAGGAUUGGAACGCACCGAGACCAAAGAGGGAGGCUUCGAGGGCUGCUGAGGACGCGAAGAAAGACGCAACCACAACACAGAACGAACCACCACGGACCGCCAAACUCAGCAAAGUGGAAACCAAACCAGACACGAAAGCAGGAUCAACCAAGGGGUCAGCCAAGGGGUCAGCCACGGGUAUGCCAUCUGUGCUUUCGAUCGCGGACGAAGUGGACCACACCUACGCGGGCCACGACUCCUCGGACCAGCACAAGCUCUAUAAGGACCUCUUCCGGGACUACAACAAGCACAUCAGGCCCGUCGAGCACCACGAUGACAUCAUUACCGUGCACUUCGAGGUGGCGCUCUUCAACGUCUUGGCGCUGGACACCAAGGAAGGCAUCAUGAUCACCAACACAGAAGUUAUUUUGAUAUGGAGGGACCCUUACCUGAGCUGGGACCCCGACUACUACAACCAAACCAAAUAUCUGAGGGUCCUGUACAGCGACGUGUGGCAUCCUGACGUCAUUCUUUAUAACUCGGCAGACACUAGCUACGAGGACUCCAUGAUCAACACCAACAUUAUUAUCGAAUACGACGGCACCACCACCUUGCUGACCCACGCCAUCUUCACCUCCGUCUGCGACAUCGACAUCCAGUGGUUCCCCUUCGACCAGCAGACCUGUGACAUGAUCUUCUCCUCCUGGACGGCGGAUGUUAACCAGAUGCUGCUUGAGUUAGGCCCUUCGGAUAUUACUCGCUACCACCCUAACCAAGAGUUCUUCCUCGAAAACUUUUACGCGGAGCAACUGGAGGACUUCGACCCGUGCUGCAAGGAACCGUUCUCCAUCAUCAGUUACCACAUUCAGCUGCAGCGUCGCGUCAAGUUCGCUCUCUUCUUCUUCAUCGUUCCCGGAGUUCUCAUCAACAUUUGCGCCCUUCUCGUAUUCACGCUACCCGCCGAAUCCGGAGAAAAGGUCGGACUGGGCAUCAACGCAAUGCUAGCGAUGAUGGUGUUCCUCAUGGCCAUGAUAGAGAACCUCCCGCCCUCACAGACUCUUCCUUUGGCCGGUGUGUACUACGGGGUGUGCCUCAUCGUGCUCACUUUCAACAUCGCCUUCUCCGUCUACGUCCUCAACCUCUCACAGCAGGGCGAUCGAGGCCACCCGGUCCCGGGGUGGUGGAGAAUGAUUGGCGUUUACACCGCUAAGGGCCUCUUCAUCAAGAUCCCUGACUACAUCGUUAAAGGCUGGGACUUGGGCAAGAGAGAGAUGAAGCAGAAGGAGUUGGAUGCUGUCUCCGAGAUGAAGGGAUUUAAGCACGUCAACAUGGACAUAUUCAACGUGCAGCCGGCUUUGGCCCAGGAGGGAACUUACAUGUUUAAAGCCCUCGCCUUCAAGCCAUGCGCGGGGCAGAUCAAGAAAGUGGAACCCAAACCGACCUCCCCGAUAGACGAGUCCUCCGGCACCAAGAAUAAGACGAAGGACGAACAUACGCUCUUCGGGGUUCUCUUCGGGGACUACAACAGCUUCAUCCGGCCUGACCACGGCGCCGAGAUCACCCGCGUCUUCUUCGAGCUGUCGCUGUUCAAUCUGCUGCAAGUGAACACGAAGGAGCAGUCCAUCUUGACCAACAGCGAGAUUAUUAUGAAAUGGAAGGACCGCUUUCUGACCUGGGACCCCAAAGAGUACGGGGGCCUUACCACCAUUAGGGUGCCCUAUGAGAAAAUCUGGUACCCCGACAUCAUCCUGCAGAAUACCGCCUCCGCCAGCUACCAGGACGGCAUCUUGAACACCAACGCUAUCAUCAAGUACAACGGCUUAGUGGAGUUGACGAGCCACGCCGUGCUGGACUCAAUCUGCCUCAUGGAUAUCCAGUGGUACCCCUUCGACCAACAGAGCUGUGAGCUGUCCUUCGCCUCCUGGACCUACGACACUUAUAAGAUCCGCCUCACGCCAGGACCCGCGGAUCUCUCAGAGUACAAGGAAAACCCAGAGUUCUUCCUCGAGGACUUCUACAGGACCCUCCAGGACCUCCACAACCCCUGCUGCCCCCUGCCCGUGUCCACCAUCAAAUACCAUCUGCAGAUCCAGCGGCGUACCAUCUUCUCCCUCUUCUUCUUCAUCAUGCCCGGAAUCCUCAUCAACAUAUGCGCCCUGAUGGUGUUCUCGCUGCCCACGGAGUCCGGAGAGAAGAUCGGGCUGGGCAUCAACUCCAUGUUAGCGAUGAUGGUGUUCCUCAUGGCCAUGACGGAGAAGCUGCCGCCCACUGCCAUACUUCCUCUGGCAGGUGUGUACUACGGCGCCUGUAUCUCUAUGAUCACCAUGAACAUCUGCUUCAGCGUGUUCGUCAUCAACCUCAACGUUAUGGGCAUGCGCGGUUACCAGGUGCCCCACUUAGUCAGGGUUUUCACGUUGUUUGUGGCGCGCACGAUCAUGGUCAGGAUACCGAAGGUGGUGAAGGCGGCCUGGGAGCUGGACGAGAACAACCGCAUCAUCACGCCCGUUGAGAACCUGCAGCAGAAGAUGGACAAGGGCAGCAAGGUGAAGCUGUUCAACGUGAAGCCCUCCAUGCCGCCCAAGAUGAAGAUGUCCCCGGAGGUCAUGCUGGGGAUGGACCUGGACAAUAACGUGGGCAUCGCCGAUAUCAAAGCGGAGGGAGGAAGAGCGAGACAGGAGGAAGAUGAAGGGGAGGAGGAAAGGAAUGAAGAAGAAGAGGAAGAAGAAGAAGAAGAAGAAGAGGAAAGUAUGGUUCGGGCAGCAAGGCGGAGGUGGAAUCGCGACCCAGCCCGUGUCUCCUUCCCUUCAGGUGUCCCAGGGUGGCUCGUUCGUGUCCCUCCGUUUGGGCAUACAUAGAUAGCGGCUCCUUACCCUUCACCUACCCAGAGUCAGGACAGGGACUCCACAAUGAUACGGAGAUGAGCGCCGAGGCAAGG